AACUUACAAAAAACUAGCAAGCCAUAUCUAACUCCAUCAGAAAAGUAAAAUGUCAACCGCACGCAUUGUUCCUCCCACCGAGGAAGAAUUGGAAAAGGAGAAGCAGGCCAUACUCGGGCUGAAGUUUCUAGAGAUCAUCUGGUGCGUGAUCUGCAUUGGGAUACGAGCGGUUGGCGUCCACGACGAUUUGGAACCGUUUCCACACGAAAUGUUUUUCUGCGGAGUCUACGUGGGAUAUGCUCUGAUAUCUGUGUUCUUCUUCGUGAUCGUGUGCUGUGGUUACUGCAAGGUGAAUUACGUGAUUGAAGCCGUGGUUUCGUUGGCGGGGUUCGUAGCCUUUGCGGCCUGUGGAUUCAGGGCGAUGUAUCACGUCGAGGAGGACGUCCAUAUGCGGUUUUUGACCGAUAAGGGGGAAUGGUAUCAUGAGUUUUUUAUUAUAAGCCGGCUGGAAAGUAUUUUCUCAAUGCAGACGGCAGGGAUUUUUCUGGUGCACGGAAUCCUAAUGUUGGACGUACUGCAUGGAAGAAACAAGGAAGAUUAUGAGCAAUUACGUUUAGUACCAUUCUGGGUUCCACCGUAUCGGAAACUAAUGAGAUUCUGUUGUAUAUGUUGUUGUGGAAGAUACUAAGUUUUUCCGUGUAUAAUUAACCAAAUAAUUUAUUCCAUAUUGUAUUUUUUUCAAUUGAAUAAAAAAUA